AUGACCAGGAUUCGGAACCAAAAGAACCAAGACGACAAGGAGGAGAAAACGCGAAAACCUCCUCCCGCCAAGAGAGCCCUUUCUGACGCUAACGACUCAUUGUGCUCCGAAGUUGAUGACCAGCUCGAAGAAAUCCGUUCCCAGCUCUCCCAAGUCCUCGCCGACAACAAGGAUUUCAAAACUUUCAUCGCUGAGCAUGAGCAAAAGAUGGCGGUGAUCGUUCAACAAAACACUAACCUCAUCUCACAAUGCUCAACGCUUAUGGCUCGGAAUGACCUCCUCGCAGCUGAGAACGCCAGACUGCAGAAAGAACUGACUGAUCUUCAAUCCACCCACAAGAAAAAAAUCUCAUUUGCCGACGUCGCCGCUCCUCGCGUUCCUGUCGAGCUUUCCCAUCUCGCAACUAGAGUCCAGUUGACCCGCGAAGCUGCAUCUUUAAAGGACAAAAGCCUUCAAGCUGCUGUUGAACGGUUGCCGGACCUGAAAUCCGAUGAACAGGACAAACUGGACCGUGAACUGAUCGAGAAGAUUUGCGUGGCCGCCAAAAUCCAAGUUCCUGAAACAACCUUCCGUCACGAAUGCAGAAAUAAACGUCGCCCCCUAAAAGUGCGGUUCCUCAACACCCAGGAUCGCGACGCGUUUAUCCGAGGUUUUCGUAUUGGUCUCGCUGGAACCUAUUUCACUUCCGACAUUCCGCCCCGUGCACGAAGGGACAUGACUGAGACUGAGUUGACCCUUCUCCGACAACUCAGAAAGAAGGCCUACGAAGACAAUCUUAAAGCUGGCGUCUUCAAGUUCUAUGUUAGAGAAGUACAGAUCGUCUCAACAAGUGAACCACGCGCCUUCGUCGUUCACUCACGAGGCGGGAAAAACACGUGA